AUGGCCUCGGGAGCCGGAGGAAUAGGAGGGGGCGGCGGCGGCGGCGGCAAGAUCCGGACGCGGCGUUGCCACCAGGGGCCAAUUAAGCCUUAUGCGCAGGGACGACAACAGCACCAGGGCAUUCUUAGCAGAGUUACAGAAUCUGUCAAGAAUAUUGUGCCUGGAUGGCUGCAGAGAUAUUUCAACAGGAAUGAAGAUGUAUGCAGCUGCUCAGAUAGGAAUGAAAUGCUGCCACACUGGCCAGAAAAUAACGAGGAUGAUCGCCUUCUGUAUGCUGAUGAGGAGAGCGCUAAUGUAAAUGAUGGGAGGGCCACUCCUGAGCCAACAGGCACAAACACAGAAGAACCCUCAACAACUAGUACUGCUUCAAACUAUCCAGAUGUAUUAACAAGACCUUCUCUUCAUCGGAGCCAUCUGAAUUUCUCUGUGUUGGACUCCCCUGCAUUGCACUGUCAGCCAUCCACCUCCUCGGCAUUCCCAAUAGGCAGUUCUGGAUUUUCCCUUGUAAAGGAAAUAAAAGAUUCUACCUCUCAGCACGAUGAUGAUAACAUCUCAACUACCAGUGGUUUUUCAUCAAGAGCUUCUGAUAAAGAUAUAGCUGUUUCAAAGAAUACUUCUGUGCCACCUCUAUGGUCUCCAGAGACCGAACGUUCCCAUUCACUCUCACAACACACUGCCACCAGCUCAAAAAAACCAGCAUUCAACUUGUCUGCCUUUGGAGCACUUUCCCCUUCUCUUGGGAAUUCUUCAAUCCUUAAAACAAGUCAGCUUGGAGAUUCUCCUUUUUAUCCUGGAAAAACAACAUAUGGUGGGGCAGCAGCUGCUGCAAGACAGUCUAAACUACGAAAUACACCCUAUCAGGCCCCAGUCAGAAGGCAAAUGAAAGCCAAGCAACUCACUGCACAAUCUUACGGUGUGACUAGCUCAACAGCCCGGCGAAUAUUACAAUCUUUAGAGAAGAUGUCAAGUCCUCUAGCGGAUGCAAAAAGAAUUCCGUCUGUUUCUUCACCUUUGGAUUCUCCUCUUCAUAGGAGUGGAGUAGAUAUUUCAGAUUAUCAAGCCAAAAGAGAAAAGGUAAGGAUGACUUUAUAUCCUCCUGUUCAGCGACUCAUGACCCCCAAACCAGUUUCCAUAGCAACUAAUCGAAGUAUUUAUUUUAAGCCAUCUCUUACCCCAUCUGGUGAAUUGAGGAAGACUAAUCAAAGAAUAGACAAAAAGCACAGUACUGGAUGUGAAAAAUCUAUGACAUCAGGACAAAACAGAGAGCAGGGAGAAAGUGGUUUUUCAUACCCAAAUUUCAGUACGCCUGCCGCCAAUGGAUUAUCUUCUGGAGUGAGUAGCGGAGGCGGCAAGAUGAGACGAGAGAGAACGCGCUUUGUUGCAUCUAAACCUCUAGAGAAAGAGGAAAUGGAAGUACCAGUAUUACCGAAAAUCUCUCUACCAAUUACCAGUUCUUCACUGCCUACCUUCAGUUUUAGUUCUUCUGCGAUUACUACUUCCUCUCCAUCACCCAUCAGUCCUACACAGUUAUUAACAAAUAAGGUACAAAUCAGCUCUCCGGGUAGUUCUGGCAGUCCCAUGUUUAGAUUUUCAUCUCCAAUUGUAAAAUCUACUGAGGCGGAUGUACUACCUCCAUCAUCUAUUGGAUUUACGUUUAGUGUGCCUGUUGCAAAAACAACAGAACUUUCUGCCUCCAGUAGUACUUCAGAAUCAAUCAAAGGUAGUUCAGCACAAGAUAGCACUUCAGUGCACAGUACGAGCGGUAAGAAGAAGCUAGAUGAAGAUUGUGAAGGCCCCUUUAGACCAGCAAAAAUCCUGAAAGAAGGAAGUGUUCUAGACGUUUUGAACGACCCUGGUUUCCUGUCACCGAAGGCAGAUUCUCUUACUCAGCCUCCCACAACAAGCCCUGUCAUUUAUACAAGACCAGCAAUAAGUAGCUAUUCUUCUAGUGGAAUCGGGCUUGGGGAAAGUUUAAAAGCUGGAUCAUCUUGGCAAUGUGAUACUUGUUUCAUCCAGAACAAAGUUACAGACAAUAAGUGCAUAGCCUGUCAAGCCACAAAGAUACCACCAAAAGAUACUGCUAAACAGUCUGGAAUUGGGACAGCAAAUAAAAGUGGCAAGCCAACUCUUCCUGCAUCAGGGACAGGCUUUGGAGACAAAUUCAAACCAGCAGUAGGAACUUGGGAUUGUGAUACCUGUUUAGUGCAAAAUAAACCUGAAGUGGUCAAAUGUAUAGCUUGUGAAACACCAAAACCUGGAACAGGUGUGAAGCGGGUCCUUCCACUGCCAGUGACUUCAGAGAGUGUUGUAACUGUUUCAUCUUCCAGCUGCACUGUGACCACCGGGACCUUAGGAUUUGGAGAUAAAUUUAAAAGACCUUUGGGAUCUUGGGACUGUCCAAUGUGCUUUAUUUCUAAUAAUGCAAGCGACAGUAAAUGUGUGGCCUGUAUGUGUGAGAAACCAGGAAGCUCAACACCUACUUCAAGUAGCAGCACGCCACCAGUCUCUGUGUCUUCUGGCAGCUCUCUAGGAUGGGACAAGUUCAGGAAACCCGAGGGCAGCUGGGACUGUGAAGUAUGCCUUGUACAAAACAAAGCAGAUUCCACCAAAUGUGUAUCGUGUGAAAGUACAAAGCCAGGCACAAGAUCGGAGUUUAAAGGUUUUGGUACAUCUGCAUCAUCUUCGAACCCAGCUGCUUCCUCCUUCAAAUUUGGUAUCCCUUCCUCCCCUUCUGGUCCUUCUCAGACUUUAACCAACACUGGAAAUGUUAAAUUUGGAGAUCAAGGAGGCUUCAAAAUAGGAGUAUCAUCAGAUUCUGAGUCUGUAAAUCCCAUGAGUGGAGGCUUUAAAUUUUCUAAACCAACUGGAGAUUUUAAAUUUGGAGUCUCAUCGGAUCCUAAACCUGAAGAAGAUAAAAAAGACAGUAAGACUGAUAAUCAUUUUAAAUUUGGACUUCCUUCUUCUGGUGUAAGCAAUCCAACUCCUUUAACUCCAUUUCAAUUUGGAGUACCUAACGUUGGGCAGCAAGACAAGAGAGAACUUCCUAAACCUGCAUCUGCAGGCUUUAGUUUUGGUACAGGCGUUACUAACCCUACCCCUGCUGCUAGGAAUACCGCAGUGACCUCAGAGAACAAAAGCAGCUGCAACUUUGGAACCAUAGAAACUAGGAGUGUUUCAGUGGCUCCUUUCACAUGUAAGAUGUCAGAAGCGAAAAAAGAAGAAACAUCUGCCACCAAACGAGGGUUUACUUUUGGCAACAUGGAACAUGCUUCCCUGCCAUCUGCCUCAGUGUCUGCUUUGGGAAGGACAGAGGAGAAACAGCAGGAGCCUGUCACUUCUACUUCUCUAGUGUUUGGAAAGAAAGCUGACAAUGAAGAGCCAAAGUGUCAACACUUGUUUUCAUUUGGUAAUUCAGAGCAAACCAAAGAUGAGAGUUCUUCAAGUUCGACUUUGAGUUUUGUUAUGGUAAAACCAUCUGAGAAAGGAUCAGAACAGCCAGCAAAGGCCACUUUUGCUUUUGGAGCUCAAACCAAUACUACAGCUGCUGAUCAAGGAGCAGCAAAGUCCGUUUUCAGUUUCUUGAGCAACAAUUCCUCGAAUCCAAGCCUAGCAGCCACUUCGGCUAAUGCUGGUCUAUUUGGUAGCUCCACCACUUCUUCCAAUCCACCUGUGGCUGCCUUUGUGUUUGGACAGGCCAGCAAUCCUGUGAGCAACUCUGCCUUCGGUAACUCUGCUGAAUCCAGUACAUCUCAUCAGGGCAGCAAAGCAGCAACCACAUCUAGCACAGCUGCCGCUGUUACCCCAUUUGUCUUUGGUCCAGGAGCCAGCAGUAGUACUACAGCAAACACUGGUUUCAGCUUUGGAGCUACAACCACAUCUAGCUCUGCAGGUUCCUCAUUUGUGUUUGGCACUGGACCUUCUUCAACGCCAUCUGCCAGCCCUGCAUUUGGUGCUAGCCAGACCCCAACAUUUGGGCAAAGUCAAAGUGCCAGCCAGUUGAACCCUCCAAGCUUUGGAUCGAUUUCAUCUUCAACAGCAUUAUUUGCAGCUAGUUCUCAGCCUGCACCCCCUACAUUUGGGACAGUAACAAGCAGUAGCCAGCCUCCUGUGUUUGGCCAGCAGCCUGGCCAGUCUGCAUUUGGUGCUGGGGCAGCUCCUAAUCCUAGUUCGGUUUUUCAAUUUGGUAGCAGCACUACAAAUUUCAACUUCACAAACAACAAUCCAUCAGGAGUGUUCACAUUUGGUGCGAAUCCCAGCACACCUGCAGCCUCAGCCCAACCUUCAGGCUCCGGGGGAUUUCCAUUUAGUCAGCCAACAGCAGCCUUUACUGUGGGGUCAAAUGGGAAAAACGUGUUCUCUUCUUCUGGACCUUCAAUUUCUGGUCGCAAGAUAAAGACGGCUGUUAGACGUAAGAAAUAA